CUAUCCUUACAAUGGUAACUUCGUAAGGUAGCCUUCAAAUCAUUAAAAAAAAAUCUCUGGCUCUGAAAUUGAUACAUAAUAACAUCUGAGUUCAUAUAUUGUUUUCUCCAAUUGGGUUACUCUAAAAAGGAAAAAGAAAAAAGAAUGGCAUUCUUACUGCCAGUGGCCUGGGGAUUGAGCUGGGAAUUGGGCCUCUUAAUGGGAGUCGGCGCUGCCGUAGUAGCUGGAUCUGUACUCUGUAAUACUAACAACGGUGGAUUCCCUAAUAUUAACAACGGUGGAUUCCAUAUCCCUCACAUCCACAGAAACCAGCCCACCACGCCACCAGUCACCCACCAGCCCACAGCACUGCAAGUCCCCGUCCAGCACACCCUGCCUCCAGUCACCGUCCCCCAGACCACCACGCAGCCAGUUCCCGUCCAGCACAAGAAGUCCGAAGUGGAAGAAGAUGCAAAUGAGGAUUCUUCUAAAAAAGAAGAAGAUGCAAAUGAGGAUUCUUCUGAAACAGAAGAAGACGAAAAUAAAAAACUGAGGAACGAAAUUGCAGAGAAAGCCUUAGAGGUCGCAGCUGAAUACAUUGAGAAACGUAUGAUGGGACCACCCCAAAAAAGUAUAGAGCAAUUCAAAGGGCAAGCUCGGCUUCCGAAAUUCGCAGUCCCGAUACGCUACAACAUACGGCUGAAACCGGACUUGAACGCAUGCAAGUUCGCCGGGUCCGUGGCUAUCGAGCUCAACAUCGUGGCAGAUACCAGCUUCAUCGUCCUCAACGCCGCUGAACUCUCUGUUGAUACCGCCUCCGUAUCUUUUGCCCACUCUUCUAUUUCUAAGGUGUUGAAGCCUUUAAAAGUUCACGUUGUUGAAGAGGACGAGAUUUUGGUUUUGGACUUUGCUGACACCCUUCUCAUCGGGAUCGGUUUUCUCACUAUCCACUUUCAAGGAACUUUGAACGACAGAAUGAAGGGCUUCUAUACAAGUACAUUUGAGCACAACGGUGAGAAGAAAAAUGUGGCAGUUACACGGUUUGAACCAGUUGGUGCUAGGCGAUGCUUUCCAUGUUGGGAUGAACCUGCUUGCAAGGCUGUGUUCAAAAUCACAUUGGACGUGCCAUCCAAACUUGUAGCUCUUUCCAACAUGCCAAUUAUUGAAGAAAAAAUAGAUGGGGAUCUGAAGACAGUUUCAUACCAAGAAUCACCAAUAAUGUCUACAUAUUUGGUGGCAAUUGUGAUUGGCUUGUUUGAUUAUGAGGAACAUCUUACAUCUGAUGGAGUCAAAGUUCGAGUAUACUGUCAGGUUGGUAAAUUAAAUCAAGGGAGAUUUGCAUUGGAUGUUGCUGUUAGGACACUUGAAUUGUACAGAGAAUACUUUGCAGUGCCUUACUUUCUUCCCAAAUUGGAUAUGGUUGCAAUCCCUGAUUUUGCUUUUGGGGCCAUGGCAAAUUAUGGUUUGGUUACAUGCUGUGAAACGGAUUUGCUCUAUGACAAUCAAUAUUCCACGGCUGCUAAUAAGCAGAGGGUUGUGAUCGUCGUAGCCCAUGAACUAGCACAUCAGUGGUUUGGCAAUCUUGUAACAAUUGAAUGGUGGACUCAUUUGUGGCUGAAUGAGGGGUUCGCAACAUGGGUUAGUUAUUUAGCGGCUAAUCACUUGUUCCCAGAAUGGAAAAUGUGGACUCAGUUUCUUGAUGACUAUGCAGAGGGUCUUAGGCUAGAUGGGCUUGCCGAGUCCCAUCCCAUUGAGGUGGAGAUAAAUCAUGCAAGAGAGAUUGAUGAAAUUGUCAACGCGAUAAGUUACAAUAAAGGUGCUUCUGUUAUCCGGAUGCUACAAAGCUAUCUUGGUGCUGAAUGUUUUCAGAGGUCACUUGCUUCAUAUAUAAAAAAAUUUGCUCGCUCAAAUGCAAAGACAAAAGAUUUAUGGGCUGCACUUGAGGAGGGAUCCGGUGCACCUGUGAACAAACUAAUGAAUUCAUGGACAAAGCAAAAGGGGUACCCAGUCAUCUCUGUCAAAGUCAAAGAUCGGAAAUUGGUGUUCGAGCAGUCACAAUUUUUGGCAAGUGGUUCUCAUGGGGAUGGGCAAUGGAUUGUUCCAAUAACAUUAUGUUGCGGCUCAUAUGAUGUGCAAAAGGAUUUUCUACUGCAAACAAAGUCUGAAACUCUUGAUAUGAAAGAGCUCCUGAGUGACGAAAACAAUUUAGCAUCUACUUGGGUAAAACUUAAUGUCAAUCAGACUGGUUUCUAUAGGGUUAAAUAUGAUGAGGACCUUGCAGCUAAACUCCGAUAUGUAAUAGAGAACAAAUACUUAUCUGCAACAGACAGAUUUGGCGUCCUGGAUGAUUCAUUUGCCCUUUGUAUGGCUGGCCAGCAGUCCUUGACUUCAUUGCUUACUUUGAUGGGUGCUUAUAAGGAGGAACUUGAAUAUGCCGUGCUGUCUAACUUAAUCAAUAUAAGUUAUAAAGUUGAAAGAAUUGCUGCUGAUGCAACCCCUGAUUUGCUGAAUUACAUUAAGCUAUUUUUUAACCUUUUCCAGGGUUCAGCAAUGAAGCUUGGUUGGGAGCCUAAGACAGGUGAGAGCCAUCUAGAUGCAAUGUUGAGAGGAGAGGUUUUGACUGCCCUUGCUAUGUUUGGACAUGAUCUGACACUAAAAGAAGCAAAUAGACGUUUCCGUGCAUUCUUGGAUGACAGAAAUACGCCACUACUCCAUCCUAACAUAAGAAAGGCAGCAUAUGUUGCUGUAAUGCGUGAAGUCAGGACCUCAAACAGAUUUGGUUAUGAAUCUCUUUUGAGAGUGUACAGAGAGACUAAUUCGAGCCAGGAGAAAACACGCGUUCUAAGUUCAUUAACUUCUUCUCCAGAUCCCAACAUAAUUGUUGAAGCUCUCAACUUUUUGUUGUCUUCUGAGGUUCGUACCCUAGAUGCUGUUCUUGGACUAGCUGUUAGUAGGGAAGGACGCGAAACAGCUUGGACAUGGAUGAAGACAAAGGGAUUUAAGCAUAUAGGAGGACAGGGCACUUUCCUUCUUUCAUGUAGGAAAAACAUUCAUCGUGGUGCACCCAGUAGACCUUAGACAUUUUCCCCCAACUCCAAAGAAGACGAAGUUCUUCGAAGAGCUGCAAUUGAACCUUUAAGAUCCCUAUUCCUAAGGUGUUGCCUAAGUUUUUGUGAUUUAAGGCUCAAGUAUUUGUGGAAUCCCAUUUGAUUGAUCAAAACGUGAUAAUGAAGCUCCUGAAAGUAGCAAGUCCUGAUGACUUACAUGCUUAAGGUGGACGGACUAAAUGGAUUGUACCAUUGUAGGGGCUUUAGAUUUUGGAUAUGUCAAUAUCAAGUUAAGCCACAUCUAUAUCAGAAUUUCUGGUUUUAACACAAGUACAGUUUUAAUUUAUUUUGGUCAAAAAAUUCCAUUAUGCUUCUAUUACAAUUCUUUUUCUAGCUUAUUGUUGUUGGAAUCUUUAGGUAUAACUUGAAUGAAAGGGUAAAUUGUUUUUAUUUACUUUGAUACUGAACCCCUAUUAUUCUAUCCUCAUGUUCAUCACUAGUACAUACCACUUUUCAAUUUAUUUUGGUCAGAAAUUCCAUGCUGCUAGUCUAUAACAAUUCUUUUUCUAACUUAUUGUUGCUGAAAUCUUUAUGUAUAACAUGAACGAAAAGGGUAACUUGUUUUGAUUUACUUUGGCACUGAUCCCCCUAUUAUUCUAUUCUUGUGUUCAUCAACAGGAACAUUCAUAAUUCAUCACUGGUACAUACUACUUUGUUAUCUAAUGCAUUUUU